GUGUCACAUACAAAGCAGGAGGCGAAUGGACACGUUCCAGAACCUGUUGCGGGCAUUACUGUCAUUGAUAGCGAUGUGCUCGAGCCGGAACCUGUCAUACAAGGUGGUCUCAUGCGCAACGAUGCAAAACACACUUUCCGAGCACCGGCGAAGCCGAUUGAGCCUCCAACACCUCGAACUUCUAUGCUAGGUCUGGAUAUACUUGCGAGGGAGAAGCGCGCUGCCGCAGCCCUUGAGAACGAGGCACGGAAUAAACGUCCAAGAACCAACGGCGACUCUAGUGAGGCAGUGUUCAAGGUACCUGCAUUGCCUGCGAGGCGAUUAGACAACAUGCGACACCGAGGUGAAGAAACGCCUUCGCACCCUGGAGGACUUUCAGAAACUGCUCGACAGCGUUUGGAUGAGUUCAGACGGAAUCGUGAUAAGCAACGAGAGGGUCUUAAUGUCCGCGAGGAGCCUAGAAGGGACGCGCCUAAGGGGCUUGGUGACUUCCAGCGACGUUCAAACAGGGAUAACGGCUGGGGAAGACGGGGUGGUGAUAGAAACAGGAACAGAGAUGCGCGGAACGGCUGGACACCGCGGAGCGAACGUGGUUCUGGCAGAGAAGAUGGGCCCAGUGUUCGCAUCCCGAACGCCGCAUGGGAUUCAACACCACGAGUUGGGCGAGAUGGAGAGGGCGGUGGCUGGGGUAGCGCUCGCACGAGAGGCUGGGAUGCUCCUACACCACGCAUUGCUAGAGGGGAGAGCCCAGAGGAGGAUGGUGCGUUAAACUUGAAUGUCCAUGAAUGGGAGGAAGAGCAGGUACGACUGGAUCGGGACUGGUAUAUGGGAGCGGAAGAGGGUGGGGUCGCAGGCGAUGAGGAACAUAACCCGCUCUCAGCAUACGAUGACCUCGAGCAGCUUAAACAGUUGGAGAUCGCUAAUAAGCAGACAAAGAAGAAAAUUUCAGCGAAGCAGGCGCAAUACAAUGCGGACAAUGACCUAUGGGAAACAAAUCGAAUGGUUACGUCUGGUGUCGCAACACGAAAAGCUCUCGACCUCGACUUCGAAGAUGACUCAGAAUCGGCCGUUCACGUUAUGGUACACGACUUGAAGCCUCCGUUCCUCGAUGGUCGCACUGUCUUUACGAAGCAACUAGAACCUGUCAACCCAAUUCGUGACCCAACCUCAGACCUCGCCGUCUUCGCUAGAAAAGGAAGCGCACUCGUCAAGGAGAAACGUGAACAAGCAGAACGUGCCAAGGCAGCGGCGAAGCUUGCAAACCUCGGUGGGACGAGUCUAGGUAAUAUAAUGGGCGUUCGUGAUGAAGAAGCAGAUGCAGAAGCUGAGGCGGAGGCAAAGGAAAAAGAAAAGGCACAGACUGGCGAGAAGGAGAAUUAUAAGGGCGAUUCUAAGUUUGCGAGUCAUCUUAAAGCUGGAACGGCCAGUUCGUCUUUUGCGAGAUCGAGGACGUUGAAGGAGCAAAGGGAAUAUUUACCUGCGUUUGCUUGUCGAGAGGAGCUGCUACGAACGAUUCGUGACAACCAAGGUAUGUAUAUUUGCUUUAACUAG